GUUACACUGUGUAACAAGAUUGUAUUCGCAUCACAGCUUCACUCUGAUCAACACUCAGAUGUCUCUUUAGAUUGGAGAAAAACGCCUAUAGGGCUUCUUGGCGUAAAAACAGUGAUAUGCUGAUGUACAGUACAUCUUCAGUAACAUACAGCUUGAUCUGCAUUAUCUGAUGUCUAGACGUUUAUCAUCUCUUUUGCAUAUCACGUGCUUGGCCCCGGCCAAUAACCUCGCGAUCUUUAUGUACUCAGGCGUGUUGGUAUCGUUACUCUGCCUGAGUCCCUGUCUCUGCUCAGUCGAGGGGAUUUUGAAAAAGAGUUGGUCGUCUCGAUGUAGGGCAUGCUAUGACCGCUUCAUUGCUCCUCCACUCGCACUGGAUUGACCCGGUGAUGUUUCUCUACGACAACGGCUUGGAUGAAAGAAGCAAGAACAUGGAAGGAUUUACUGGAGGUAAUUUCGCCGCAAACCAGUGCAGGAAUUUGUUAGCGCAUCCAACCUCGCUGGCUCCCAGCACCACCUAUGCCGCGAGUGAGGUGCCAGUCUCUGGCAUGGGGGAGCCUGGCAAACAAUGUAGCCCCUGUUCUGCCACUCAGAGCUCGCCCAACGCGUCUUUGCCCUAUGGAUAUUUUGGCAGCAGUUAUUACCCAUGUAGGAUGUCACACGGCAGCGUCAAGGCUUGCGCGCAGCCCUCUGGCUAUGGCGAUAAAUACAUGGACUCGUCGGUCUCUGGUGAGGAGUUCUCGACCAGGGCGAAAGAAUUUGCUUUUUAUCAGGGCUAUUCCUCGGGUCCCUACCAACCCAGCUACUUAGAUGUCCCCGUCGUACCUGCGCUCAGUGCUCCAUCUGAGCCAAGACACGAGCCCUUGCUGCCCAUGGAGCCCUAUCAGCCAUGGGCCAUCACCAAUGGUUGGAGUGGUCAAGUUUACUGCACCAAGGAGCAGCCACAGUCAAACCCUCUGUGGAAAUCCUCGUUACAAGACACUAUAACUGGUGGAGACAGCUCUAUCCGCCGUGGGAGGAAGAAGCGUGUGCCAUACACCAAGGUGCAGCUCAAAGAACUGGAAAGGGAGUACGCCACCAAUAAAUUCAUCACCAAGGACAAAAGGAGAAGGAUAUCCGCGCAGACUAACCUGACAGAGAGACAAGUGACAAUCUGGUUUCAGAACAGGCGCGUAAAGGAGAAGAAAGUCGUUAAUAAAUUCAAGGGUUCCAGUUAGCUCUGGAGAUAAGUGAGACAGGAGGUGAAAGGCGGACAUGGAAGCGCUUUCAUCCCCAAGAAAGAAAUGAAGAAAGAAAGAAAGAAGCAGAAAACUGUGCUAUAAUUUAUUACGUUAUGAACUGUUUCUUUGUCGCCAGAGCGGCUCUGUUUUGACCUACACAUUUCCUUCCUCACAUUUUAAUUGGAACCAGUCGAUGCGGCCUGUUGGCAGAAGAUCGGAAAUGGUUUUGCAGCACGUUCGGACAGAGGCGAUUCUGCGAAGGAUGGAUGAUCUCCUUUUAAAAUAUUCACCAAAAAAACAAACAAAAAAAAAAAAAACAAACAAAAAAAAAACAAAAAAAAAAAAAACGGUGACAUUCUGCUUCGAAAGGCCUGAGGACAUUACGAGAAAUCCUGCGCUUUUAUUCCUGUUAAUCAGUACAGAAAUUAAAGCUGACGCCCUCAGGAUCAGUUACAGCUUUCUCCUCUUCAGUCAGUGAUGCAGCGAUAAACAAAAGCACCAACUCAACUUCAGUCUCUGAUCAUAACGGGCAAAAUUAGACAAAUAUGCUAAUAAUUAAAUAAAUGAAAAUGAAUCUGAAAAAUUAAGUUUUCAGUAUUCAUUCGCACCAAAGAGAAAAAACAUCUCUCCUACACACCUGUUUGGUGUAUAAUUAAUUUCUUUUGUAAAACUGUAAAAAGAAACAGGAUUUUACACUACAUCUCUGCCUUUAGAAACACAGUCACUUCAUUUCCUUUUCUCAGUUUAUCUGUUAAUCAGUCAGUAUCUGAUUAAACUGGUUAUUAGACAUGAGACAGUCUGAGCAUUUCAGUAGUUUGCCCAGACUCAUAUCACGUCUUUUUUUUCUCUAAACACAGGGUCUUUGCUCAGAAUAACUUGCCUGUUAAUAGGCUGACCUAUGCAAUUUCUGCUUGUCAGUCAAGAGAUUUAGCAGGAAAAACGUGGGCAUAUUUAAACAUGUAAAUACUAUCUGACUGCAACUAUCUAUCCUCCCUUUUUUGACUGCAAUAGCCAAAGUUUUUCACAAUAAAUGUUUGAGAGACGCGUUGUUGAUCUUGUCAUUUUCAUUCAUCUUUUUUUCGGUCCAAAUUGAACACGGGCUCUUGGUCGAUUCAGAGAAGGUUUUAUCAGUCCAU